AGUGAGUGAGUGGAUGAAGAGAAAAUGAACAGUCGCUGCUUCACAACGCGCGUUUCAGACAGUCAACCCAAACUGUUUUAACACGAGCUUCACAUUUUCAAGGACUUGUUUCCCUCCUGCUCUAGUUUGACAAUGUGGGAGCAGGCGGAAUUUGAGAAGCACUGGAGGAAUGAGUUUCCUGACGGUGAAGUGCCCGUGAUGAACCUCCAUUCGGUGGAGGACAUCGAGGCUGAGCUGGAGAAAUGCAAAGCCAACCUGAAGGUGUUACAGCAGGCUCUGUCGGAGGAGAAGUUUAAGGUGAUUUACUUGCAGACAACCAUCGCGCAGAAGAAGAAAAAAUGUGACAUUGAGAAAUGCUGGAACAAAGGUUUAAAGAAAGACAACGCUUGCGGGACAGAAAGCAGAGGCGGGGACGAGCCGUUCGCUCGGGACUUACUCCGGGGCAGCAAGACAGGUAAACCCAUCCUCGCUCCUCCUCGGAAAAAGCCCGAAGUCCUGCAGGACAACUCACCAGCUCCUGACAUCCCUGAAAGCGUUGCCGAGCAACCGAACAACGAACCGGACAGUGACCGCGAGUUCGAGGACGAGGAGCUCAACCAGAACUUCGUGCAGAAAAACCUGCUCGUCCCGAAGGGUAACGUCCGGGAGAGUCACCGGCGGAAUCCCCGAGUCCGCAUUAGUCGGGAUAUGGAUUCGGAUGAUGGCAGAUUCUCUCCUUAUCUGCGCGGGUCUCACGGCUCGGGGCACAGUACACCUGACGGAUACCUGAGCUCAGACCACGACGACUCCUCCUCCGCAGACUUUAACUAUAACACUGAUGGCUACGAGGGAGAUCCUGCGGAGGACAGGAAGUCUCAAGAUGGCUCAGAAACCAUGCCCUUCAUCGACGAGUCGCCCACCAUGUCUCCUCAUCUCUGCGCUCGAGGACAAGAUGGAGAGGCCGUCUCUCCUACACCACCAGAAGGGCUCCUGUCUGGGGGAGACAUCGAGAAAGGUCUGGAGAUGAAGAAACUGGUUCUGUCUGGUUUUCUGGCCAGCGAGGAGAUCUAUAUUAACCAACUGGAGGCGUUGCUGCUGCCCAUGAAGCCUCUUAAAGCAACAGCUACUACUUCGAAGCCAGUGCUGACAGUGGAACAGAUCGACACCAUUUUCUUUAUGAUCCAAGACAUCUUUGAGAUCCAUAAGGAGUUUUAUGAUGCUCUUUCUCCCCACAUUCAGCAGUGGGAUGAGAAGGUCACUGUGGGGCAUCUCUUCCAGAAACUGGCCAGUAAGCUCGGCGUGUACAAAGCCUUUGUGGACAAUUAUAAAUUGGCAGUGGAGAUGGUGGAAAAAUGCAGCCAAGCCAACAUUCAGUUUCAGAAGAUCUCUGAGAAUCUGAAAGUUAAAGGUCCUAAAGAAUCCAAGGACUGCACUGCAACCGCCACAAUGGAGGCUCUCCUCUACAAGCCUAUUGACCGGGUUACUCGAAGCACUCUAGUCCUGCAUGACCUGUUGAAGCACACUCCUAAGGAUCAUCCUGAUUUCCCCUUACUGCAGGACGCUCUGAGAAUAUCCCAGAACUUCCUGUCCAGCAUCAAUGAAGAGAUCGACCCGCGCAGGACUGCUGUCACUACACCAAAGGGAGAGGCUCGUCAGCUGGUGAAGGAUGGCUUCCUGGUGGAGGUGUCAGAGGGAACGCGUAAACUCCGUCAUGUCUUCCUCUUCACAGACCUUCUGCUCUGCGCCAAGAUGAAAAAGACCGCAGUUGGGCGGCAUCAGCAGUAUGAGUGUAAAUGGUACAUUCCUCUGGCUGAUCUGAGCUUCCAGACGCUGGAUGAGUCGGAUUCUCUCCCACACGUUCAGACGCUCGCCGAGCACGAGAUCGAGGAGAUGAAGAUCAAGAUCUCCUCCAUCAAGAGCGAGAUCCAGAAAGAGAAGAAAGCGCAGAAGGGUCAGAGCCGGAAUGUGGAUCGUCUCAGAAAGAAGAUGAACGAGCAGGAGUCUUGUUUGCUGUUAAACUCCCCAACCAUCCCAUUCCGCAUCCACAACAAACACGGCAAGAGCUACCUGUUCCUGCUGUCCUCAGAUUAUGAGAGGUCGGAGUGGAGGGAAAGCAUUCAGAAACUGCAGAAGAAAGACCUCCUGGCGUGUGUGUUGAGUUCAGUAGAGCUGCAAGUGUUAACCGGCUCAUGUUUCAAACUCAGAACUGUUCACAACAUCCCUGUCACCAGCAACAAAGAUGAUGAGGAAUCUCCUGGUCUGUACGGCUUCCUGCAUGUGAUCGUCCAUAAAGCCACAGGCUUUAAGGAAUCUGCCAAUCUGUACUGUACGCUGGAGGUGGACUCUUUCGGCUACUUUGUCAGCAAAGCCAAAACACGUGUGUUCAGAGACACAACAGAACCACAGUGGAACGAGGAGUUUGAAAUCGAGUUGGAGGGCUCACAAUGUCUGCGGAUCUUGUGCUACGAGAAGUGUUACGACAAAUCGAAACUCAACAAGGACGACAACGAGAUCGUGGACAAGAUCAUGGGCAAGGGCCAAGUACAGCUGGACCCACAGACGGUGCAGUCCAAAAACUGGCACAUGGAUGUCAUAGAAAUGAACGGGAUUAAAGUAGAGUUUUCAAUGAAGUUUACGAGCCGCGACUUGAGCUUGAAGCGGACGCCGUCUAAGAAACAGAGCGGCGUGUUUGGAGUCAAAAUCAGCGUGGUGACAAAGCGCGAGCGCUCCAAGGUGCCUUACAUUGUGCGGCAGUGCAUAGAGGAGGUGGAGAAGAGAGGGAUUGAUGAAGUGGGCAUUUACAGGAUCUCUGGAGUGGCCACAGACAUCCAGGCCCUCAAAGCUGCGUUUGACGCCAAUACCAAAGAUAUCCUGAUGAUGUUGAGUGAUAUGGACAUUAAUGCCAUAGCAGGGACGCUGAAACUGUAUUUCAGGGAACUGCCAGAACCUCUUCUCACGGACCGGCUGUACCCGGCCUUCAUGGAGGGCAUUUCUUUAUCAGAUCCUGCAGCAAAAGAAAACUGCAUGAUGCAUCUGCUGCGCUCGCUACCAGACCCAAACCUUAUCACAUUCCUCACCCUGCUGGAACACCUCAAGAGGGUGGCAGAGAAGGAGCCGAUCAACAAGAUGUCUCUGCACAAUUUGGCCACAGUGUUUGGUCCGACCCUCUUGAGGCCUUCAGAGUCCGAGAGCAGUAAAGCCCAAAUCACACUGGCCUCCGACAUCUGGUCUCAUGAUGUCAUGGCACAGGUUCAGGUAUUGCUGUAUUACCUGCAGCAUCCGCCCAUAUCCUUCGCUGAGCUGAAGAAGAACACACUCUACUUCUCCACUGAUGUCUAACACACACACACACCACACCAUCAGUUCUUCAGUACACAAGCCAACGCCAUCAGAGAGAGACUGUGUUCAUGUGCAGCCCGGAGAAGAGCCGCGGCGAGAGGAGGACCACCUGAGAGAGCCCACCAUUCACUGUCGACACACGCAAAUCACGCACUUAUCACACAGCUGUCCUGCCAAACACAAAAACACCCCCAUUACCGUCCCGUCCGAAGGUUUGUAUGAUAGGACGUGAGCUCAUCAGAGUCACAGAUGCAUGCUGGGAUGUCUGUGGACUCCUCUGAAGCCCAGCUCAGUGAUCCCGGAGCUGGAAUACUACGGUAAAUUUCUCCUCUUCCCCAAGAGACAUUCCGGUAAACAUCAGCAUUGACAUGUUUAUACAUAUGAUUUGUUUUGUUUUGUUUCAGAAGCUUUUGUGCAUGUGAUAUGAGCGUGUGUGUGUGUGUGUUUGUGUGAGAGAAAGGAAGAGCAAAUGCGUUUGUUCAGAAUUAAAUCUCAUGCUGCGAGUGUUUCCUUCUGGGCAAAACUUUUCCCAGACCUUUCUCGUCCAAGUACAUCCAGGCCAAAAGAAUUGCCCUAUUUAUUAUGAAUAUAUACUGUUAAUUGUGCCUGUACAGUUCAGUACACAUGGAGACUCUGCAGAACCGUUCGUUUGCAAUUUAUUUUGGCCUUUUUGAUUCGUUUUAAAUGUGAGUAUAGGGUUAAUUAUGCUGUAGAAAAGAGUUAAUGGAACACUCCACUUUUUUGGGGGGGU